GGUACAAUCUAUUUUCGACUUGGGCGCGGAGAGGAUCUUUCUAAGAUGAAUAAAUGUUUAGUAAUUGGAGGCUGCGGCUUCCUUGGUCGCCAUAUUGUUGACAAGCUCUUGGAACGAGGUUGUUCAGUGAACGUCUUUGAUAUACGAAUCACAUUUGACAGUGACAUGGUGACAUUCUUUACAGGUGACUUAUGUAAAAAGCAGGAUUUGCUGCCUGCCCUCCAAGGAGUCGAUGCCGUCUUCCACGUUGCAUCACCACCGCCAUCUAGUGACAACAAGGCUUUAUUCUACCGUGUCAAUUAUGAAGGAACAAAAAGCAUAAUUGAAGCAUGCAAAGAGGCCGGCGUGAAUAAAUUGAUACUAACGAGUAGUUGCAGUGUUUUGUAUGGAGGCGUUGAUAUCCAUAAUGCGACAGAGGACUGGCCAUAUGCAGAAACCCCUCAAGACUAUUACACAGAAACCAAAAUACUCCAGGAAAAGGUUGUCUUGGCAGCUAAUAGCUCAGACUUCCACACCGUAGCAAUCCGCCCUCACGGUAUAUUUGGCCCCAGAGAUCCACAAAUGGUCCCUACUGCCAUAGAAGCAGCAAGGGCUGGCAAGAUGAAAUUUACAAUUGGAUUUGGUAAGAACACUGUAGACUUCACCUACGUAGACAACGUCGUGCAUGGCCAUAUACUUGCAGCAGAGAAUCUUGGUGCAGGAAAGGUGGCAUGUGGAAAGGCAUACCACAUCACCAAUGACGAGCCGAUAUACUUCUGGACGUUCAUUGGGAAGAUCCUCCAAGGCCUCGGUUACCCCGCUCCAAGGUUCCCCCUGCCGUACACACUGAUCCUGCUCAUAUCCUACGUCGUCGCACUCUUCUGUUUCCUGCUCAAGCCGUUCGUUACAAUCAGGCCAACAUUUAGCCCAAUGAGGGUAAGACUGGCCGGGACUGCGCACUACUAUAGCUGCGAGAGGGCCAAGAAAGAAUUGGGAUAUCGCCCAUUGGUGAAAUUGGAUGAUGCUGUGCGGUUGACUUGUGAAAGUUAUCCACUCCUGAGGUGUGGGAAGUCUUGAUAACUGUUUUGAUAUACAUGACGAUAAUGUACUGUAACUCGAACGUCAUUAGAUGUAAUGAUUUUGUUUUUCUCAGGAGGUACAUUGAUGUAUUGAGUGUUAGGCCUUGAGACACUGAGUGUUGUACUGAGGUUCUUGAGUUGACCUACACACAUAACAAAAAUUUCAUGAGGUAUAUAUACCGGUAUAUAUAAUGAUACAAUAUGACUGACUAGUCAAGGAUGCUACAUGAAUAAAAAUAUUUCAAUAUUGUAAA